GGGAGUGUUGGGGGAAAAAGGAUAUUUUGGGAAUGGGCAAGUUCCUGGGCAGUGGGAGGAGAGGGCGGGGAGCCGACUGCGUUCCAGGAAGUAAAAGUAAUGGGGACCGGGACGAGGCUGCGGAGGGAGGAAGCAAUUUCUUUUGAUGAAAAUGAGGUGAUGAAUUGAACUGUUUGAGGAGAAAAUUUGAACCAGAGGCUCUACAGGAACUGUAGUGCAGCCAAGUGCAAGAGUGCAGGCUCUGCAGCUGAUCAUGAAGAAGCCACGAGCAGCUGCGGGAAGUCGAAGUCGUCACAGGAAGCAGUCAUCCAGCCAGGAGGGAAGGGAGAAACGUGCCCUCAGCAGCAGCCAGGCCAAGCCCUCCGGCCCUGAUGCAGGCCUGGCCAGGCGGCAGGAGGAGGUGGUAUUGCAGGCCUCUGUCUCCCCGUACCAUCUAUUCAGAGACACAGCUGAGGUCACAGUCCUCCGGAAGAACCUGCUGAGCUGGUAUGACCUAGAGAAGCGGGAUCUACCGUGGAGAAGGCAGGCAGAGGGUGAGAUGGACCUGGACAGGCGGGCAUACGCUGUGUGGGUCUCAGAGGUGAUGCUGCAGCAGACCCAGGUUGCCACGGUGAUCAACUAUUAUACCCGAUGGAUGCAGAAGUGGCCAACACUGCAGGACCUGGCCAGUGCUUCCCUGGAGGAGGUAAACCAGCUCUGGGCUGGUCUGGGCUAUUACUCUCGAGGCCGGCGGCUACACGAGGGAGCCCGGAAGGUAAGGGGUGUCAAGGUGCAUACGGGACCCCUAAGGCCUUGGGUGUCUCAUAACCUUGAGCCUUCCCAUCUCAAUCAGGUGAUAGAGGAGCUAGGGGGCCACAUGCCACGUACAGCAGAGACCCUGCAGCGGCUCCUGCCUGGUGUGGGGCGGUACACAGCUGGAGCCAUUGCUUCCAUUGCCUUUGGCCAGGCAGCUGGUGUGGUGGAUGGGAAUGUAGUACGGGUGUUAUGCCGUGUCCGAGCCAUUGGUGCUGAUCCCAGCAGCACCCUUGUCUCCCAGCACCUCUGGAGCCUAGCCCAGCAGCUGGUGGACCCAGCCCGGCCAGGGGAUUUUAACCAAGCAGCCAUGGAGCUGGGGGCCACAGUGUGCACCCCACAGCGCCCACGGUGCAGCCAGUGCCCCAUGCAGAGCCUGUGCCGGGCACACCAGAGGGUGGAGCGGGAGCAGCUCUCAGCCUCACAAAGCCUGCCAAGCAGUGGAGAUGUGGAGGAGUGUGCUCCCAACACUGGACAGUGCCAGCUGUGCGCACCUCCCACAGAGCCCUGGGACCAGACCCUGGGAGUGGCCAACUUUCCCAGAAAGGCCAGUCGCAGGCCCCCCAGGGAGGAGUGCUCUGCUACCUGUGUUCUGGAGCAGCCCAGGGCUGUUGGCGGUGCCCGAAUUCUGCUGGUGCAGAGGCCCAACUCAGGUCUGCUGGCAGGACUGUGGGAGUUCCCAUCUGUGACAGUAGAGCCCUCGCAGCAGCACCAGCCCAAGGCCCUGCUACAGGAACUGCAGAGUUGGGUCGGGCCCCUCCCAGCCACCCGCCUCCAGCACCUGGGGCAGGUGGUCCACACCUUCUCUCACAUCAAGCUGACGUAUCAGGUAUACAGUCUGACCCUGGAAGAACAGACCCUGGUGACCACCUCACUGCCUGGCGUGCGCUGGCUGACCCGUGAGGAGUUUCACACUGCAGCUGUCUCCACCGCCAUGAAAAAGGUGUUCCGAGUGUACGAGGGCCAACAGCCAGGGACCUGCAAGGGUUCCAAAAGAUCCCAGGUGUCUACCCUGUCCAGACAGAAAAAGCUCAGCCCAGGCCAGAAAGUCCUGGAUAGUUUCUUUCAGCCCUACACCUCAGCUGGUGCACCCUAGCCUCAGCAGUACAGCUCAGUGAUGCUUCUGGAAGCCCCCGCCCCUGAGAAGCCUGUUUAAUAAAGUGCUUAUUUUUGUAGUCA